AUGAUCGAUCGCCUGGAAAUGAAUAUCCAGCGUAUGGAAGCUCAUUUUCAAAAGAUCGGAUUUGACCUGGGGGAAGUGGUGAACGGGUCAUCUUUAAUCGAGGGUCUUGAGCAGUCAGAUGAAUCCCCAUCGUCGAGUCCGGCUGAAAAUACGCAUUUGAUACACCAGACGGGUGUUUGGAAUCCAAAACCAAGACACCUGGUCGCUGAACAAGACCCCUCUGCUGCUACACAGAAGGUGUAUCAUUCGCUGGUCGACUCAGCCUUGGAUGAAUUUGAUCCAGUAGUACCGGCGGAUCUGACCUGCUUCUACGUUCCAAGAUGUUUUACGGGUACACCGAACCCUGGUGAGAACCCUUGGUCGAUCUCAUGGCCGAUAAAAGCUGAUUAA